AUGUCUCGUAUUGUUUAUCCGUGUGCUGCUUGCAAGAUUCAACGAAGAAAAUGUGGAGAUAAAUGCGUGCUCGCUCCAUAUUUCGCACCAAACGAUCCACACAAAUUCUUUGUUGUACACAAAUUAUUUGGUGCAAGGAACAUUGCCAAAAUCCUUCGGGAUAUUGCGGUUGAGAAUAGAGAAGAUGCUGUAACAAGCGUGGUAUAUGAAGCAAGUGUGAGAGUGAACGAUCCAAUCUACGGUUGCACUGGCGCCAUCUGUCGAUUGCAGAAGGAAGUAUUGGACCUUCAAUCACAACUAGCAACUGUUCAAGCAGAGCUCCACAACACACAGGCUAAUCUUUCGUCUCUCCUCACCGGAUUUUGUAAUUCCGUUGGAGAAGAAAAUGCAGUGGGUGUUGUACAUCAAAGCGAUCCAUAUAGUGAAAAUGGAACAACAGUGGAUAACCUAAGGGUUUUGCAAGACGAUGAGGACCCGUUUGGAUUAUGGGCGCCACUGUGA